CGCCCUAAUCAGGAGAUGACGAGCGCCGACGUAUCCGGAAUCUGCACCGGCAAAACAAGGCGUCGCCCAAAACAAAGCUGCAAAGUGGGCAGUGCGAGGUGUCCAGCCGGUAGCCAAGGCCGCACGGGGCCCUAUAAAAGCGGGCGCGAAGACCCAGUCAGCAUACAGUGCAGCCCAGGCAGCAUCCACACCUCAACCACCAUGAAGGCUUUCGUCUGCUCUUUCCUCGUAGUCCUGCUGGUGGCGGCCGUGUUCGCCCAGGAGAAGGCCAAGGAGACCCUGAAGGGCGCCGAGGCCUACUACGCCUACGCCGCCCCCUACGCCUACAGCGCCUUCGGCUACCCCGCCGUCAGCGCCUACUCCGCCUACCCUUACGCUGCCGUCGGCUACCCCUACUACUACCGCUGAAAAUGGACAUGACUUCUAUGAGGAUGCAGUUCUCACUUCAGUGACUACUGUACUCUCUUCCUUCCUUCAAUAAAUACAACUGUAUCACAAAACGUA